CUGCUGCUGCGGCCGCCACCGCCGCCGCCGCCGCCGCCGCUGCAGGAGACCGGCGCGAGGACACAAGCGGAAAGGCCACCAUGGCGGACGAAAUUGAUUUCACUACUGGGGAUGCAGGGGCUUCCAGCACUUACCCUAUGCAGUGCUCGGCCCUGCGCAAAAACGGCUUCGUGGUGCUCAAAGGACGACCAUGCAAGAUAGUUGAGAUGUCAACUUCCAAAACUGGAAAACAUGGCCAUGCCAAGGUUCACCUUGUCGGCAUUGAUAUUUUUACUGGGAAAAAAUAUGAAGAUAUUUGCCCUUCUACUCACAACAUGGAUGUACCUAAUAUUAAGAGAAAUGAUUAUCAACUGAUAUGCAUUCAGGAUGGUUACCUCUCCCUGCUGACAGAAACUGGAGAAGUUCGUGAGGAUCUUAAAUUGCCAGAAGGUGAACUUGGCAAAGAAAUAGAAGGAAAGUACAAUGCAGGUGAAGAUGUACAGGUGUCUGUCAUGUGUGCAAUGAGUGAAGAAUAUGCUGUCGCCAUAAAGCCCUGCAAAUAAAUUGGAACAUCAGGCAUGAGCGAUUCUUAGGUCUGGACAUGUUGUACAGAUCUAAAGUUUGCGUCUACAUAAUUGUCACCAAAGCUAUGGCCCUCAUAAGCAAGCAACCUCAUUCUUUUUAUUGUUUUGAGAUUGUGCUUGGUUAGUUUGGCAGGCAUUUUUUUUAAAUAGGAAUCUUUUCUAUAUCAUUCCUGUGGUUUUCAGUGUGA